UAAAGAAAAAGAUUUUGAUCUUGAUUGUAUGGGGAUAUAUGUAUGUACGUAUCUUAGGUUGAAAAGAGGAGGUGAUGUUAUGCCGGUUUCAUGACCGACACAGGUUGAACCAGGUUCAACCGGGUGGCAUGCCACCGGCAUGACAACCAUGGUGUUUAGACUUUAGAGUAGAACUAGCAAAUUAUGGUCCAACCCUUGAUCCGAUCCGAACCUGUUUGAAAAAUUAAAAUCAGGUAGAAGUUUUUAUAACCCAAAAUCCGAACGAUCAAUAAUUUUUUGGGUUAGAUUGGAGGGUCAGUGAGUCGACCCGUUUAACCCAUUCCUUAUCAUAUUUCACUCUCGAAAUGAUAAAAUGACUCAUAAUUUGGUAAGAUGUUUAACAAAAUUCAGAAGGAUGUACUCUCAUAACGUUCCUUAACCAUUUGUAUAAUUUAUAUUUUCUUUCAUUAGCAUGUGAAGAUUUGAGAAUAUGUAAUUGACAUGUGUUAAGCAAACUAUUGGAAAUUUGGCAUGCAUAUAUGAAAAUUUGUGUGAUUCAAAACAACAUGAAGCAUGUGUAUUCUUAUUUCCGAGAAUGCUCGUAAACCAAAAUGACCUGAAAGCUGACCCCAAAGUUUUUGGUUGGAUCAAUAGUUGACCCUAAAUUAACCAAUUCAUGAUGAUUCGUAAUCCGAAAUUUCUAACCCAAAAUUAUCCAAUCGACCUGAUUGCCUGGUCUACUUUAGAGCAAUUUAAGUGGAGAAUAGUAAAGAAAGACAUCCGUGAGCGAAAAGAUCGUAGUUCUCGAACGAGCAACCGAAACGAUUCUGGAACAUCCUCAGGCUUCGGUAUUGUUCCUCCAAUGAUUGUAGUACCAAGUAUUUCUUGCAAGAUGGACUUUACCUAGACUAAGAACGUAAAGUUGAAGUGUAGAAGUGGAGCAAAGUGUCUAAAAUUGUGCAACUAGAAACUAUAUUUUGCCCUAAACAAACCCCUACAUCAAGAUGAAGAAAGGGAAGGUCAAAGGGAAGGCAUGCCGACUGCCGUGGUUAACAGAUCCUAAACGGCGCCGCUUUAAGUCAAUCGGCAGUUCAGCAAGUUGUCAGGGGGAUAAAAAUGUAACUCAACAUAAAUCGGCCAAUGAGUAUCAGCCACGCGUAACCCAAUGAACCAACUUCAACGCCUUGUGGAAUUGGGGAAGGAAACGAAAAGCAGCUUCCUUCUCCUUUCUCUUUGCGGUCCAUCAUCCCCAACAGAGAGACGCGCCUAAGGAAUCCAUCCAUUCCCUCUUUCUCCACUAUCAAUCUCUGCUCAAUCGAAAGCCCUAAUUCUUUCCACCCCACCAAUCAACUCUAGCCGAUCUAUCAAUUUCGCGCUUCUCACUAUCCUAUUCAACAGGUCUGCGAUUACGAUAUUCGCCCGUCUUUUCUGCUCGUUCUUUUCCUUCGUGUUGUGGGUUUUUUAUGUUACAGCGAUCGGAAUUCGUUCUAUGCUUGGGACGAGUGCGGAUUUGAAGAAUUAGGGUUUUGAUCAAUCGCGGGUCUUUGAUUUUUGGGUUUGAUUUGGCAGAUCGGGGGCAGGAGGGAGUCACUUCCGAUAUAGUUGAAAAAUGUUUACCAGGAUAUUUGGCAAGCCUAAGCAGGAAGGCAAUGCCCUGACCACCUUGGAUAAACUGAACGAGACACUUGAAAUGCUCGAGAAAAAGGAGAAAGUUCUUGUCAAAAAAGCUGCUCAAGAAGUUGAGAAGGCUAGAGAAUAUGCACGAGGAGGAAACAAACGGGCUGCUCUUCAAUCCUUGAAAAGGAAGAGACUGUAUGAACAACAAGUAGAACAACUUGGAAAUUACCAAUUGAGGAUUCACGACCAGAUGAUAAUGUUAGAGGGCGCAAAAGCCACUACUGAAACUGUUGAUGCAUUGAGAACUGGAGCAGCUGCAAUGAAGGCUAUGCAAAAAGCAACGAAUAUUGAUGAUGUCGACAAGACUAUGGAUGAAAUCAAUGAACAAACCGAGAACAUGAAACAGAUCCAAGAAGCAUUGUCAACUCCAAUUGGUUCUGCAGCCGAUUUCGAUGAAGAUGAAUUGGAGGCAGAACUUGAAGAAUUAGAAGGUGCUGAGUUGGAAGAGCAACUUCUACAACCUGCAACCACAGCUCCCGCAGCUCCAGUCCACGUGCCUGCAGGCAAACAGCCUGCUCGCCCCGUUCAGCAAAGGAAGAAUACUGAGGAGGAAGACGAACUUGCUGCCUUGCAGGCUGAAAUGGCGCUCUAAAGAAGGUUCAAGUCCCCUACACUCUCUCCCUUUUGGUUACUUUGGUUUGGAUUUCCUCAUCAGUCGGAUUGCAUUUACAAUUGCAGGUGUUUGGUUCAGUGUAUUUUACAAUAGCAUCAUGUAAUUGAACAAACAUAUUAGUUUCUUCUCCACUUUUGAUGAUGCAUUUAGCAUAUUUUGAAUUCUACCUGUGCUCUCCAAUGCUUCAGAAUGAUCUAGCCUUCUUAUCAUAUACUUGGGGUUGGAAAGUAUUCUGAGAAUGCACUCUACUCUACUGAAGGAGAUACUAUUCUUGCAAAUACACCUCACAUAGCAAGUUGCAAAAUAAGUAGUGUGCAAUUGAGACAAAUAACAUCGAUCAGUGAUGGACAGGGAUGCUUUUGUAGCUGAUGUGAUUUUGGUUCUGUUUCUUGUGUGCAGGGAGCCAGCUGCCUGUGAAACACGGUAGAGAAGUAUCUUUGGAAGAUUGGUCAUUUUGUAUCAUGGAUUCUCCUUCAAACUCUCCUUUCACGCAUCUUUGUGGUGUGGCAUUGAACGGUGGACCCUUUGUAUAUAAGGAUCUUGGAAACUUACCAACAAAGUUCUUGAUAAUUUGUAAUGCUCUCUCUUUCUCUCUUUUAUGAGCUUUUGGUCAUGCGUCCCCAUAUUUUUCUACUUCUCUUCUCGGUUCUGUCCUGUGAUCAUAGGAUGUGUGUCAUCGAUAACAUUUGUACCAACUUGGUAGCCUUGCACUGUCUUUUAGGACAAUACUUGAAAAGUGAAUAAUGAAUAUAUAUCAAUUUCUGUUUUAUAGUUUUAUUUGUGGUCUAUUCGACCCGAAAUUGUUGCUAAUUUCUGAAGAGGUUGUGGGGCUUGGAAGUGAGAUGUGUGCUUUGAUUCAUUGGACAUAAAUGGUUAAAAUGAUGAUGCGUGAUGGACGGGAUUUCUCCCAGGAGUAUAUGUUUUGGGGCAAAUCGCUUUAUGUUAAAGUGAUUAGUGACAGAUUGCUUGAGAUCUCAGCGAUCUGUGACAAGAUGCAAAUAGACUGCUUGAGAUCUCAGCGAUUUGCAACAAGAUGUUUGCAACCUCAAUGACCAAUGUGACUUCACUUAUUCAUUUUAGGGUAAAUACAAUUUAAUAUCCAAACCUUUCAUUUUAAACAAUAUAAUAGCCAAAUCUUUUAAAAAACAAUCUAAUAUCCAAAUCGUCAACUUUCCGUUCGUUUUACCAUUAGUUGACACUUCAAAAAAGCUUUGUUUAGAGGAAAUUGUCACAAUACAACUUUGUUUCUUGUUUUGGCAUUGCAGAUGACUGAAUAUUUAGAUAUUCUAUACCAUCAUGGUGGAGUCAUGGACUUCUCGGGUUUGGAACUACGAUAUGUUGGUAGUUUUUCAGAGAAGAUAUCGAUGGAUAUUGAUGAAGUGUCGUACUUCGAACUUUUUUGAAGUGUCAACUAACGGUCAAACAGUCAGAAAGUUGACGAUUUGGAUAUUAAAUUGUUUUCGAAAAGGUUUGGCUAUUAUAUUAUUUAAAAUAAAAGGUUUGGAUAUUAAAUUGUAUUUACCCUUCAUUUUACUAAUUUACUAAUUUAUUGUCACUUUUCACUUAAGUAAUGUCAGUAUAUUUGUAACUGUUGACAGCACAAAUUAUUAUUCAUGAUUAACCGUGGAUACUCAAACUCAAUAGGAUAUGAGUACGAUUUUGAUAUUCUAUCCAAUUUUUGUGUGAAUAUAGAUAAAAUCCAAACUAUUUUUAGUGUAAUAGAUGUGCACUAUCCGACUCCAACGUGUUGCCCGAAGGCUAGUUCGGAAUAUGGGCAACAACCAAUGGCGGAUUCAUGGAGCUUUGGGGUGUCUCGGGAGACCCCUAAAAUUUGGGAAUACGAUUGUAGUUUACAUAUCGAUAAAAAAAUAUUCAACUCACGAUAGUAGUUUACAUAUCGAUAAAAAAAUAUUCAAAUUGUAGCUGGACACCAAUAAAAUUUGCAAAAAUGA